AUGUCCAGAGAGAUUCGCCCUACCGACUUUGAUAACAAGUUUCUUCAUCAAAUCAAGUUGAAGGAAUUACCAAAAUUCCUCAUUCAACACGCCAAUUGGAACGGAGUCUUCAGAAUUAAUGCUUUCAUCAGUAGACACAUUCCUCCAAUGUUCUACAAACCAACAAGAUGGCGUUUUCCUUUACUCGUAGUUGCUUUCCUCGGCUGGCCUGGUAUCUAUAGAGCCUAUACUUCUGGUACCAGAACAAGUGAAGCUCUCAUCAACGCUAGAUUCGGAGACGAAAUUAAUAACAUGACUGAUUAUCAAAAGAAUUACAUCAAGACUCGUGUUUUGAAGAUUAUGGCAGAGAACAGAUAA